AAGGUUGCGAGUUUUGCUCCGAUGUUUAUUACUCCUGAAGUAACCACCAGAGUCGUUUCACCAUGCUGAAGUUUCUCGUGCUGUGUGCCCUCGCGGCCUCCGUAUACGCCGACUGUGGUGUGCAGGUCAUCAGUCCCUCUCUGUCCAAGAUCGUGGGCGGUGAUGAAGCCGUCCCCGGCUCCUGGCCCUGGCAGGUGAUGCUCCGUAAGAAGUACUGGGGAGGAGACUACCAAUUCUGCGGAGGUACCCUGAUCAACGACCAGUGGGUGGUCACUGCAGCUCACUGCUUCUACAACUACGGUAACAUCAAUCUGUACUCCGCUGUCGUCGGCGCGCACGACCGUGACGCCGUGGACGCCACCCAGUCCUCCGUCGGUCUCGCUCAGGUCUUCCUCCACGAGGACUACAACACGAGAACCUUGGACAACGACAUCACCCUGCUGAAGCUGUCCAGCCCUGUCUCCCUCAGUGACUACGUCACCCCUGCCUGUCUGCCCCAGAGAGAGGUCGCCACCGGUACUGACUGCGUCGUGACAGGAUGGGGCGACCAGGAAACCACCGUCGAUGACCCCGCCCUCCAGCAGGUCGUUGUGCCAAUCAUCUCCACUGCCCAGUGCAACAAGGCCACGUGGUACGGCGGUGACAUCACAGACAACAUGAUCUGCGCUGGUUACUCCCAGGGCGGUAAAGACUCUUGCCAGGGUGACAGCGGUGGUCCAUUCGUCUGCGCCGCCUCGAGCGGAGCCUACGAGCUUGUGGGCGUGGUCAGCUGGGGAUACGGCUGCGCAGACGCGCGCAACCCUGGAGUCUACGCUAAGGUCCUCAACUACGUUGAUUGGAUCAACAACAUCGUUGCCAACAACUAAACAAAAGACAAGUCAUGAAUUAUUCAACAGUUCAGCAAGCCAACUCGGGAGGGCGUAUUAAAGCCUUGGCCAUAUUGGAGCAAAACCAUUACGAUCAUUUGUUUAACUCAAGAAAAGAAAGCAAUUUAUACAGUACAAAGGGAAUUAAAAGUCACAAGACGUAUUCCCAAACCCAGUCCCACUAAGAAACAUGAUUUCGAUGAAUCAGUGCCCCAAAUAUGUCAUUUUGUGCAUGAAUUAUAAACAAUAAAUUUCUAAGAUUAUUAAGUGUUUAAUAAAUGUAACGAGUUUGAAAGAGUAA